GCAAGAAAGAACACCCAGGGGAGCGCGCGCCAUUUUAUUAGUCCUGACUUCGCACGCAGCAUGAGGCUGGACGGCUCCGGAGGGGAGGACUCGCCGCUUAACUCUGGCCCUGCCUGCGCACGCGGCGCUAAGAAGGAAUUGGACGGCUCAUGAGGGGAGGACUCGCCGCCUAACUAUGGCCCAGACCGCGCGCAGCACUAAGGAGGAAACGCGCAGCGUACGGGGAACGCCUUAGGACUGGGCGGGCAGCCCGGGACGUGGCCGUUAGUAGCGUGGCCUGCUAACCCCAAUUCAAAGGGGUAAAGGGCGGGGCUCCAUGGAAGUAGAGUCUCGCUUUUCCUUAUCUAAUUUAACGAGGCGGAUCUGGUGCAGAGCCAGGUUAACCUCGCCCUUACGCUUCUGAGCAAAUCCAGAGCCUCUCCCUCGUACGUCCAGAAGCACGCACGGAAAUAAACAAGCCAUUGUCAUCAAAAUGCGCCCUUCCCUGCUCGUCAUUCUCUCUCGGACCAGUAGGUGUCACUCUGAACUCCCAGGGCUCGGUCUGUGUUAGCAUUCGAGAUUCCCGGUUGUUGUGCUCUAUGGCUGCUGACAGGGGAGCGAUCGGGAGCCCACCAAGAAGAUCUGUCCCCAUCAGCUGUCAUCGAAAACAGAGAGAUAAGAUGCAUAUUCCAGAAGAAAAGAAAAGUGUCUGUUGUGACCUACCCAUUAAGCAACAAAGAAGAAAACUUGUUCAGGCUGUGAAGGAAAAUCCAUUUCUUAUUGUGACUGGAAGAACAGGAAGUGGUAAAACUACCCAACUCCCUAAAUAUCUUCAUGAAGCAGGGUUUUCGAAAUAUGGUACAAUUGGUGUGACUCAGCCACGCAGAGUAGCUGCCAUAUCAGUUGCUCAAAGAGUUGCCGAAGAAAUGAACUGCUCUUUGGGAAGCUUGGUAGGAUACCAAGUUCGCUUUGAUGACUGUAGUUCUCAGGAAACAGCUAUCAAAUAUAUGACUGAUGGAUGUCUACUAAGACAUAUGAUGGUUGACCCAGACCUUACCAAAUUCAGUGUCAUUAUUUUGGAUGAAGCGCAUGAGAGAACUCUAACAACAGACAUUUUAUUUGGUUUGCUGAAGAAACUGUUUCAGGAAAAGUCGCCUAACAGGAAGACACAUCUAAAGGUGGUGGUGAUGUCAGCUACAAUAGAGUUGAUGGGACUCUCAGCCUUCUUUGGAAAUUGUCCAGUAGUUGACAUUCCUGGAAAGAUUUUUCCAGUCAAAGAGAUAUUCUGCAACUUGAUUGGCCCAAAAGACAAAGAAAACUCUUCAUAUGUUAAUGCGGUUGUAAAAGUGACUAUGGAUAUCCAUUUGAAAGAAUUGGCUGGAGACAUCUUGGUGUUUCUGACUGGCCAGUCUGAAAUAGAAAGAACUUGCGAAUUACUUUUCCAGAAGGCAGAGUCUAUUGAUUACCAGUAUGAUGUUAAAGACAACUCCAUAGAUGGUUUGCUGAUAUUGCCAUUAUAUGGAGCAAUGCCAACAGAUCAGCAAAGAAGAAUAUUUUUGCCACCACCAUCCGGCAUUAGAAAAUGUGUGGUAUCUACAAAUAUUUCUGCCACAUCUUUAACAAUAGAUGGAAUCAGAUAUGUGGUAGAUGGUGGCUUUGUGAAGCAGUUAAAUCAUAACCCCAGGUUAGGAUUGGACAUGCUAGAGGUGGUUCCAAUUUCAAAGAGUGAGGCAAUGCAACGAACUGGUAGAGCUGGCAGAACUUCAUCUGGGACUUGCUUUCGAAUCUACAAUCAGGAUUUCUGGGAUCAAUGUAUGCCUGACUAUAUGAUCCCUGAGAUUAAAAGAACUAGUUUAACAUCAGUGAUUUUGACCCUGAAGUGCCUUGCCAUUCAUGAUGUCAUAAGGUUUCCCUAUUUGGAACGACCCGAUGAAAAACUUAUUUUAGAGGCUCUUAAACACCUCUAUCAAUGUGAUGCUAUUGAUAGGAGUGGCCAUGUGACAAAACUGGGUUUAUCAAUGGCAGAGUUUCCUCUCUCUCCAAAUUUGACCCGUGCCAUCCUAAAGGCUGCUUCUUUGGAUUGUGAAGAUAUUCUGCUUCCAAUAGCAGCAAUGCUAUCUGUAGAAAAUGUCUUCAUUAGGCCUGGUGAAUCAGAGAAACAGAAAGAGGCAGAGAUGAGACAUCAGGAGCUAUCAUCCCAAGCUGGUGGAUUCAAUGACUUUGCAACACUAGCAGUAAUCUUUGAACAGUGCAAAUCAAGCCCAUCUCCAUCUGCGUGGUGUCACAAACACUGGAUCCAUUGGAGGUGUUUACAGUCAGCAUUUCGUGUGGAAGGUCAGCUUCGAGAGAUAAUCAGAAAACUGAAGCAGCAACCUGAUUUCCCAAGAGAAAGUUUUGAUGGCCCCCGAAGUGAAAUCUUAAGAAGAUGUUUGUGCACUGGAUAUUUCACCAACGUAGCACGAAGGUCUGUAGGAAGAACAUUUUGCACAAUGGAUGGGCAUGGAACCUCAAUACAUAUUCAUCCCUCUUCAGUGCUCUAUAAUCAGGAACCCAAACUCGAGUGGAUCAUUUUCCAUGAUGUUUUAGUUACUACCAAAACAUACGUGAAGACUGUGUGCCCAAUUCGCUAUGAAUGGGUUAAAGACUUGUUACCCAAGUUAUAUCAAUUUGAUGUGUAUGAAUUGAGCAGUAUGGCCCGACAUGAAGUGACAGAGGAAGAAAUAAAGAGAUGGGAAAACAAGGAACAUCUAAAGCAACAAAAGGAUAGAGCAAUGAAGGAAUCUUUAAAGAAAAUGCAGAGAAGAAAUGAUGAUAAAUCCAUUUUGGAUGCACGUGCUCGAUUCCUGGAGAGGAAGAAUCAGCGGUCCCAGAACAUCACUGGCAUUUUAAAGGAAAGUGACUAAGCGAUGACUUCUUAAGUCAGAAAGGACCAAAAGCAGUCAGGAAAUGUACUGCUGUGUUACUAUUUACUUCAGACAGAGCUGCCAAGUAUCCAAGGAAGCUGCUAUUGAAUUUAUUAGCCUGGGAGCUAAAACAGCCUACACCAAUGCACUCAGAUGGAAUUUUCACUGGGAAAAUGAGAAGGUCUGAUCAAUGGCAUUGAUGUUUGAAUGAGUACAACAUGAAACAAAAAAUGAUGUUCCUUUUUACUUUCCAUUGUGCUGAUCUUAAAUUGGCUUUGAACUCUGUUCCAUAAUAUUUUUAAAUAACACAUAAACUGAUAUUUUAUUAGACUGUAACCUAUUUGUAAUGGAACAUUAAAGAUUAUUUUCUUAAAGUCUGCCUCUGACAUAUACUGGCUAAGUAACCCUGGGCAAAUCACUUGUCAAUGCUCUAGGCAGUUCUUUAAGACUGAUUUGCAAAGUAGAUUUCAAACUGGAUUGAUACAAGAAAUUCUUUUCACCUGGAACUUUCUGUUUACAGAGUAUUUCUAUGCUUAUACAGGUUCAUGCCCUAUUUUCUAAUGCUUCUCAAAGCACUGAAUUAUUAAUAGGAUUGUCUAUUAUAUCUGGUGUGUUAUCAUUAUUUAAAGCAUUAUUAAUAGUUACUUAUAAAAGAUUUAGAUGGUCAAUGAGUGAAUAAGAAAAAUGUCUAUGGCAGGACUCUUCUGAAAGUUAUUUUUACUGGAAUUACAUAAAGUACUUUUUUAUAAACCUGUAUUGAACCUUUAGUCACUCACCAGAAAGAGAUCAUACAUGUAAAGAUAUUUCUUCUAUAUUUAUAUAUAGUUAGUGUUAUACCAACUUAAAAUUCAAAAGAUACCAUAAUGUGUA